AAUGCGCGUGUGCACUCCCAAAAUAGAGCACCAAGAUUGAAACAUUGCUCAGUCGGUCGUGAACAGUGAAUAUUAAAUCGAAACGUGUUAAAAAGUUACCAAUAAAUUCCAUUUUCAAAAAGGAUUUCAGCAAAAAGAUCCGAUAUGGCGGACCCUGCACCCCCCACUCCCACACAGCCUCCGCAGGAACCUAAGCCGGUUGACGCCGCACCAGCUCCUCAGCAGACCGAAACACCAGGUGAACCUCCAGUAGAACCAGAUAACAAAGAAGUGCCUCCCCCAGAAACAGCACAUAAUGCACCACCAGAACAGCAGGUGAAGACUGAACAGCCAGCACAGAUACCACCACCAGAGCCGACUAAAGGAGACGUAAAACCUGAAGCUAAUCCGGGACAACCGGGAGCAGGCGAUAAUGCUCAAGCUCAAAAUGGAUCUGAUAAAGAUUCAAAUUGGCAACAAAGGGAAGUGGAACUUUUGAAGAAAAUCGACGAGCUGGAGAAAGUGAAAACUCAGAGGAGCGAGGAUGGACUGAAACUGGAAUUGAAGGUUCGCGAGGAAGAAAUUGAUCUUCUCAAGGCGAGGGUCAAGAAUCUGGAGACGGAAUUGCAGGCGGCUCUGUCCAAGCCCGGGGGGAAGAACCACGAGAUGAUCGAGAACAUCAAACAGCAGCACGAGGAACUCCUGAGCAAGGCGCGUGGCAUGAUCUUCGACAAGACGAAGAUGGUGAAGAAUCAAGAGCUGCAGAUAGAAGCGCUGACGACGCAGGUGCAGUCACUGAAGGAUAUAAACUUGAUCACGAAGGAUUUGCUCGAAAUAAGGAACUCUGAAGUCAAAGCUAUGGAGGAGCGGUUCCAAGCCAUGGAGGCUCGCUUCAAAGCUGAGAAAGAACGGUACAGUCUCGUCUUACAACGGGCGCAAACUAGCACCAGUAUCAAUGAUGAUCUGAAGAAGGAGUACGAGACACAACUUGCGAUUUUCAAGGAAUUGAGAGAGAAAUACGAGCAGAGAGUCCAGGCGCUGGUGGCAGAGAAUGCGAAACUGAAGGAACUGAAUCUCCAGCUCAAAGGAGGUCCCUCGGGAUAACUGGUUGAUGUCAGAGUGUGUGUAAAGACUGUUCUCAACAAUGACGCUUUUGUAAUUUUUAUACUAAGAUUUUGUGGUGUAUUAAAUUGAUAUUUACAAUAUGGUA